GCAGUUUCCCAAUUUAAAAGUCAAAGAUGGAGUCCAAACUCAUCGUGAGGCUCAACUUCAGGAGGUGAAAGAAGCUCAAGGACCAGAAACAGAAACUGGAAAGUAUGGCUUGGAGGCAAAAACUUCCCAGAAAGAAGCAGAAAAAGCAGAAGUAAAAUCACAUCUAUCAACUACUGUGUCAUCUACCUCAUCAUUACUGUCAGGAGCAGAGCGAUCAACAUCUUCACCACCAUCACUGUCUAAAGCCCAAACACCAGCUAUCACUGCUGUCACAAAUACUGUGAUGUUUGCACCGACUUCACCACUGUUCAACACAAAUUCUCCUCCUCUUGUGCUUGGAGAACCUGCCACAUCCCAGGAUGAUGUGACUUCAUCUGAAAUAGUAACAGGCUCAUCACAAACUGCACAUGACGACCAGCAGGCUAAAAAUGAUUUCAAGUAUCCUCCUUUGUCUCAGCCUGGGACUGUAGAUCAAGAGGAUCCCACUGAGACUUCAAUAUACACUUUGUCUACUUCUGUUUCUUCCAUUUCAACCAGUUCUUCCUCCAUGUCAUCUCCUGCACCAUCCUUAUCAUCCUCCUUUUCUGCCCCAACUACCUCAAGUCCCAGCUCUACCCAGUCCAAUAAUGUUCCUCCAAACACCGUCACCACAGAGCCGAGAUCUCACCGCACCGAUCACCACAACCUCACAUCAAACGCCACCUCCGAACCACCUCUGCUGUCUCUGAGACUCAGCAGACGACCCGUGUGCACUUACCCACCUGUUCCUACUCAUGGGACCUUCUACUUUCGUAAUGUUGAGAAUCCAGGGCCCAGAGAGUACAGACAUUACAUACAGUAUGCUUGCUACCCCGGUUAUACGCUGGCUCAUGGAGACAUACACAGCUACUGCCAGCAGGGGGGCAACUGGAGCGGAGUCACACCUGUGUGUCUGGAGUUGACACCAUGCUCAGUUAACAACGGAGGCUGUUCCCAGCUGUGCUCCCACUCCCAGCACCACAACCAGAGCUCCAACCAGACCCAAACCAGAACUCAGUGCCACUGCAGAACCGGAUUCACUCUGCUGGAUGACGGGCGAACGUGUCGAGAUUUAGACGAGUGUAUGGAGGGGCAGCACCAGUGUCAGCAGAGAUGCAUCAACACAUUUGGUUCCUUUAAGUGCAGCUGUGAUGACGGCUAUAAACCAUCUCAUGACCAGACCUCCUGCACAGAUGUGGAUGAGUGUCUGCUGUCUGCAGCUGUUACAGGCUGUGUGUUUGGUUGUGUUAACACUCCUGGGAGCUUCUACUGUCAUUGUCCUGCUGGCUACAGCCUUCAAACUGCAGACACCCAAUGCCAAGAUAUAGAUGAGUGUGCUGUUAAUCAGGGGCUUGGGCCGUGUACGGAGAAGUGCCACAACUCACCAGGAUCCUACCGAUGCUCCUGCUCGUACGGACACAUCUUAGCUGGAGACGGGCGCAGCUGCAUCGCCGAGUGUCCACCUGGAUACAGGAAGCAACCAACAAAAACAGCACCUGGGAACUCAACUUCACAAGCUCUUAGGGAGGAGUGUGUAGAUGUAAACGAGUGCCAGGAGGAAACGUGUGAGUGGCAGUGCGCCAACCUGCCAGGCUCUCACCGCUGCAUCUGCCCCCGAGGAUACACACUCCACAGAGAUGGCCGACGCUGCAAAGACAUUAACGAGUGCAGUUUGAAGAAUGGAGGGUGUUCUCACCUGUGUGUGAACCAGAAAGGUGGUUAUAAAUGUGCCUGUCCAGCCUCCCAUCGCCUCUCCCCCUACAGCUGGAAGAAAUGUGUACCGAGGACAACAGCAAACUCUGCUGGCUGA